AUGUCUUCGACUUGUCUUUCUCUGUUGGAGUCGAAGUUCUCUGAAGGUGCCUUGUCGACCGCGAUGGAUUCCAAAGGGCUGAUCUCUUUCGCUCAGAGGAAAGCAUUACAAUACAAAGCAAGUGCUAAAACAUUGAGCAAGCAGCUUCGGCAUGCGUCCGAAGACGUCAUGAGAAAGAACACGAUCAUACAUGGAGAACGUGUCCGCUUUCAAGAGACGAUUGCGAGGUUGGAAGCUUCUGUUCAAGACUCGUCAAAGCGACUGUGUCGGGAGGCGCGAGAUUUAGGAAAAGAGCUUCUGGUGAUCAAACAGGAGAUCGUAUCCACGAUCAGCCAUGAUGAGCAAUUACAUUCGUCCCAUUCUGAUCUCAAGAUCAAAUAUGCAGAACUGCUGGAAGAGUCGAAAUCAUCUCAAAAGCAGAUACAAAACUUGAAGAACAUGAACAGCGACCUUUGGAGGGAAUCGGAGAGCUAUUAUCUCAAACAGAAGGCUCAUAUUGCUCAGCAAGAUUCACAGAUAUCGCAAUUGCAAGAGGAAAUGCAAGAAAUGCAGAGAAGAGAAGCAAAGUUGAAGAAGAAGCUCGACAAAGGAAGGAUGAUGGAGCUUCGCCGCUUACAGAAGCUCGCCUUGCUGGAGGAGGUCGGAACCACUCUGCUCAAGACUUGCAUAGGGAGCGAGCAUAACCCGGUCUGUACCAUCGUUCCGGAGGGCCCAGGAGCAGAAGACUCGCUCAACUUCAGGAUCGACAAGCUGGUGGCGUUAGCUUGUGCUCAGCUGGAUAUGCUUGUCGACAGGGAUCAAAGGAAAGAAGGUACCUAA